UCUCCUGGAUUCUUCAUCAAACCCUCCUCCAAAUCUCUGCUUGACGCGGACUAUCCCUUUUGCGACUCAGAUGAUGUAUUGGAAGAUGAGGAGGAUGUCUCCGAUGUUGAUUCGGUGAUCGAAGGGUUUGUAGAUGGUGAUGAAGAGAAGGUUGAGGGGAUUGAUUGGGAUUCGGAUUGGGACAGGGAAUUUGAGAUUGAUGAGAAGAAGUUGACAAAAGAACUUGAUGGAUUUGCUCCGGCUGGGGUGGGCUACGGGAAUGUCACUGAGGAUACGCUGGAGAGGAUGAAGAAGGAGAAGAUCUCAAAAGCUGAGAAGAAGAGGAGGGCCAGGGAGAGGAAGAGAAGGGAAGCAGAGGAGUGUGUCCUGGUAUGUGCCCGUUGUCAUUCAUUGAGAAAUUAUGGGCAGGUGAAGAACCAAAAUGUUGAGAAUUUGAUACCUGAUUUUGAUUUUGAUCGGUUUAUUACCACUCGGCUGAUGAAGCCUGCUACUGUGGCUCCCCUUGUUGUUGUGGUUGUUGAUUGUGUGGACUUUGAUGGUUCUUUCCCUAAACGUGCAGUGAAGUCUUUGUUCAGAGCAUUGGAAGGCGGGAAGAAGAACCCAAGGCUUUCCAAAUUGCCAAAACUUGUGCUUGUAGCGACUAAGGUUGAUCUCCUUCCAUCACAGAUAUCUCCGGCGAGGUUGGAUAGGUGGGUUCGCAACCGGGCAAAGGCUGCUGGAGCUCCUAAACUCAAUGGUGUGUACUUAGUGAGUGCAAGAAAGGAUCUUGGUGUGAGGAACUUGCUUGCUUUCAUUAAGGAGUCAGCAGGGCCCCGAGGUAAUGUGUGGGUGAUUGGGGCUCAGAAUGCAGGAAAGUCAACUUUGAUCAAUACUUUUGCCAAGAAAGAAGGGAUGAAGAUCACUAGACUCACAGAGGCAGCAGUGCCAGGGACUACAUUGGGUAUAUUGAGGAUUGGUGGAAUUUUGCCAGCAAAGGCCAAGAUGUAUGAUACUCCGGGUCUUUUACAGCCUAACUUGAUGACAAUGAGAUUGAAUAGAGAGGAGCAGAAGAUGGUUGAAAUAAGGAAGGAGCUAAAACCGCGAAGUUAUAGGAUGAAGGCAGGGCAAACUGUCCAUGUUGGUGGUUUGAUGAGACUGGAUGUGCUUGAGACCUCAGUAAGCACAAUUUAUGUCACAAUUUGGGCUUCACCCAAUAUUUCCCUUCAUAUGGGGAAAACAGAAAAUGCAGAUGAGUUACAGACAAAUCAUGUGGGCAUCAGGUUGCAGCCACCCAUUGGGCAGGACCGAGUUCCAGAACUGGGUGAAUGGAAACCAAGAGAAAUAAAGGUGUCUGGGGUCAGCUGGGAUGUGAACAGCAUAGACAUUGCAGCUUCUGGGCUGGGAUGGUUCUCUCUGGGAUUAAAAGGUGAGGCCAUUGUGAUGUUAUGGACCUUCGAUGGUGUUGAGAUAACAGAGCGAGAGGCAUUGGUUCUUGAUAGGGCGCAAUUCCUUGAAAGGCCAGGGUUUUUGCUACCAAAGGCUAUAUCUGAUGCCAUUGGUAACCAGAGCAGGAGUAAAGCAGAAAAAAAGAAGAGGAAAGAAGAGAUGAUAGAUACCCUUGUAGAAACUAGCAUAUAACAUACUUGGAGAACUAUCUCUUUGUGGGCUGUUGGAGAAGAGGGCCUGAGCUUCCUUUGCCUGUGAUGGCGCAAUGAAGAUAUUAUUGUUUAGCAGGAUGUCCUUGAAGUUUUGUCCUCCGCAGAGUUCUGCUGAUCAGUUCAGCUUGUUCUCUGAAUUGAUGUGUUUGUGUACUGUAUUUUUGUUGUUGUAGGACAGCAAUAAUGAAAUAGUUGUGUUAUUUACCAUUUAAAAAACGCUUGUGUGCUCUCUUAAUGUUGUACUCAGAGCGGCUGCGCCUGUUAGAAGUUAGAACUGAAUAAAAGUUUACCAUUUAUAUUAGAGAUAAAUGC